AUGGAGGUCGCUUGUACCUCCAUGAUCCAUGCGGCUACUCCCCAUUUUCUCUGGCCGUUUGCGGUCCGGCACGUUGCGCAUCAGCUCAACCUCUGGCCCCGUGUCUCCUUGUCGGAGACCUCGCCCACAUUGCGUUGGACGGGGGAGGUUGGCGAUGCGUCGCGGUUCCGGGUCUGGGGCUCUCAUGCCUUUGUCCGCGAUACCAACGCGGACAAGCUCUCCUCUCGUGCCAUUCCCUGCGCCUUCCUUGGCUUUCCCCCUGUCGCGCCCUGGCUGGCAGUUUUACCACCCCACCUCGCGCCGUGUCUUCCCUUCUCAGGACGCCACGUGCUGCUGGAGGCGCUGGCCCUGGAGCCGCUGGAGCUGGUGGCACUGGAGCUGCAGACACUUGUGCUGGAGUCGCUGGACGUGGAGACACCGGAGUUGGAGGUGCUGGAGCUAGAGCCCUUGGAGGAGCUGGAGCUAGAGGCCAUGGAGCUGGAUCCGCUGGGGCUAGAGAUGCUGGAGCUGGAGGUGCUGCCGCUGGAGGCGCUCAAGCUGGAGGCGCUGGAGCUGGAGACACUGGAGCUGGAGCCAGUCUCCCUUACAGAGCGUCGUGAGCCUGCGUCUCGUCCUGUCUCCCCUGUCCGCACUGUUCGCACUGCUCGUCGUGUCCCGCGUCCGCGUCCUCCUCCUGUGCUAGGUACUCACACUAUGGCACUUCGUCCUUCCACUGCUCCACAGCGUGUCCCUCUGCCGUCUCCUCCUGCAUCCUCUCUUCCUGAGAUUCCCCACCCUGAGUUUGACCGCGUUCGUGCUGCCAGCCCUACUGUCACGCACUACGCCGCCAGUCUUGUUGCUGAGUCUGAGUCUGUCUGUUCUCCGUCCGUCGGGGGUGAGUGUGCUCUUGGCACAGACGUCCUUGAGGACAAGCAGGAGGACUUUGAGUCUUUUGCAGCUGCUGUACCUCAUCUCGUGGCCUGGCUGCUUGCACCUGAGGGAGACCCGGAUGCACUGGACAUCCCGACCCCGCGCUCUUACGCAGAGGCGAUUACGGGUCCCUACUCCUCUUAG